AUGUUACCUCAUUAUCUUUCAUCCAGGUCUGUCACCAAGAAAGAAUCACGUAUUGUUCCUCAGUUGUAUCAACUCAGGAGAACUUUGUCCUCUUUUAGUAUACGAAAAGCAACCAAGUUACGAAAACGGUUAUUCCAACUGCACAAGAAAAAAGAAACAGAAAAAUCUAGUCCCUCCUUUCUAGAUAAUUCCCAACAUGAUUCAGAUUCAGACACAUAUGAAAAUAUGACUCCCAACGUUCCAGCCUCAUCUAAAACGGAAGAUGCUCUUCAUGCUCGGUCAGCUGAUGGCAAACCAGUGCUGCAGAACAACCUUUGCCCAUUACCAAAUUCUGUUGUAGAUGACGAGCAAAAUAUCUAUGAAGAUGUUGAAGUGAAAUCAUCCAAAAUUAUCAAAGAACCAAUUAUUACACACAAAAAUGAAAAUGUACAGAAGAAAAGUAAAAGCCGAUUCAAAUUCUUCAAAAGAUUCUCUAAGAGGUUCUGA